AUGAAGGACUGGCCCAUCACCAUCCUAUCUGAUCUGGCAGAGGACAGGGAGGUCAUCAUCUUCGACAACCGUGGGCAGGGCUCCUCCAGGGACACCAGCCCCGAUAUGCCACUGAGCAUCCUCUCGAUGGCCAACGACACCAAGAAUUUUGUUGAGGCCCUGGACCUGGCCAGGCCGCCCCACCUCUUCGGCUGGUCCAUGGGGGGCAUGAUCACCCUGCAGGCCGCCGCGAUGUUUGCCGACUCCUUUGACCGCUUUGCCGUCUUCUCUGGUGGUCCUGGGUCCCUCCGCUCCCAGCUGCCCUCCCUUGAGAUCCUGGAGAAGUUCCUCCUCGACGACACCAUGACUGAGGUGUACAGGCUCGGCACGCUGUUUCCCCUGAAUACGACAUCCGGCGUGGAGGCGGCCUGUAAGUAUGCCGAGGAGAUGCAGUACACCCCUGCGGAUACCAUAAGGAAGCUCGCCACCCGGCGGCAGCUGGAAGCCUUGAUUGAAUACUAUUUCUCCGACACCACCCUCGACGCGCUGGCCAGCACCCAGCAGCACAUCCUGGUGGUGGGCGGCUUGUGGGACCCUGUGGUCCCUGCCAUCAACCAGAAGCUGGUGGGGCAGGUCCUGCCCUCAGCCUGGAUGGCCAUCUUCGAGGACGGCGCCCAUGGUGCCUUCAUGCAGCACUGGGACACGGUGCGCGAGCUGCUCAAGGUCUUCCUGCACAGGGAGGAGUCGGAGCUUCUGCGAGGGUGA